CGUAGGGGGCGUGGUUUGGGCCUCCGCCGCGGGUGGGGGGGCGUGGCUUUAGCGGAGAGCGGCGCCGAUGGCGGAGCGGCGCGUGUCGCGCUGGUACUUCGGCGGCCUCGCUUCGUGCGGGGCCGCCUGCUGCACCCACCCGCUGGACCUGCUGAAGGUCCACCUGCAGACGCAGCAGGAGGUGAAGAUGCGGAUGAUGGGGAUGGCCAUGCAUGUGAUCCGCACCGACGGCUUCCUGGCUCUCUAUAACGGGCUCAGUGCCUCAAUGUGCCGGCAGAUGACAUAUUCCUUGACUCGCUUUGCCAUCUACGAGACCGCGAGGGACCGCUUGAGCCGGGGCAACCAGGGGCCUCCCCCCUUCUACCAAAAAGUGCUGAUGGGUGCAGUGGGAGGUUUCACCGGCGGGUUGGUGGGGACCCCAGCAGACCUGGUGAAUGUCAGGAUGCAGAACGACAUGAAGCAGCCACCCUCCCUGCGGCGCAACUAUUCCCAUGCCCUGGACGGCAUGUACCGCGUCUUCCGGGAAGAGGGCUUGAAGAAGCUCUUCUCGGGAGCUACGAUGGCAUCCAGCCGAGGGGCCCUAGUCACCGUUGGGCAGCUCGCCUGUUAUGACCAGGCCAAGCAGCUGGUUCUCUCAACUGGGUUGCUGUCGGACAACAUCUUCACUCACUUCCUGGCCAGCUUCAUCGCUGGUGGAUGUGCCACAUUCCUGUGCCAGCCCCUGGAUGUGCUCAAGACCCGCCUCAUGAACUCCCAGGGCGAGUACCGGGGUGUUGCCCACUGUGCCAUGGAAACUGCCAAGCUCGGCCCUCUCGCGUUCUACAAGGGCUUUGUUCCUGCUGCUGUCCGGCUCAUUCCUCACACCAUCCUCACCUUUGUCUUCCUGGAACAGCUACGCAAAUAUUUUGGGAUCAAAGUGACCACCUGAGUAGGAGGGACGGGACCCUGCCCUCGCCCCAGGGGGGUGAGCAUGCAGGUCACCGCUGAGAUCCCAGAACCCCUCUCCCCUGUCUGGGGCCAGCGCUGCUCCCCCUGCCCCUCAUCCCCACUCCUGUGCCUUGCCAGUGCCUGUGGCCAGCCAGUCCCACACUCUCCCUCCCUCUCUCACCCCCCCUUCUCAGCACCUCCGUUACCUCUGGGGUAUUCUUGGGCCUCUUGUCCCCUCUGCACUGUUGGUUUGGGUUUUUUUUUUUUUGCUUUCUUCCCACUGCACUACUGGCCGCAAGUUCUGCCCUUACCUCCCUCAGCCCUGUCCCUUAUUUGCCUCCUGGGAGCAGGACUGUGCUGUUCUGGGGCAUCCAGCCUUUGGCUCCGUCCCUGCUCACGGAGCCUCACAGGGCUGGGGGGGGCCAGUUCCACUUGUGCCCACGCUGCAGCAGGGCUUGUGUUGGUGGCAGCAGAGCAGGCGUGCUUCCUGCCUCUCCUGCAAGCAGCAAGGGGAGACGUGGCUUUAGCACAGCAAAGCCCUGUCCUCCCUUAGUGCCUCUGGCCCCACGCGCUCCUCCGCCGGCCCCAGUGCAGCCUGGCAUCCCCGCUCUGCUCCCAAACACCUCCCGCUUCUGCUUGGCCAAAACUCACCAGCGCCCAAUGGCUGCUGGGCUCUUCAGGGAUUGUGCCUCAUACCAAUGAUGACAGAGAGUGGACUCUGCAGGCGAGGGGCAGCUGUGCGGCCCCCCUGCCCUGCUGGCCAGGCAUGGGCUGGAGCCCUUCUCACCUGGCCGGCCCAGGGCAAGGCCACAGCUGCGCCCCUGGCCCCUGGCUCCAGCUGGGGCUGGGUAGUGCCUGCUUGAGGACCUGGUGUCAGCUUGCCUGCAGCGCCCUCACCCUCCACCAGACCUGGCCUCGGGUGGGGGCGUCUGUCCAGCACCACCUCACACCCCCCCACACCCCUCACACCAAGGUCGCCUCACAGCCCCCCCUCUCCCUGCACCGCCCUGCGCAUGGGGGCUGCCGGCACCAGCCCCUCUGUCCUGUGCACCCCUGUGCGUGGUGGCCCCGAGGGAUCAAAGAACUGGAGUAUCUGUGACCUUAAUAUAUAAUAAACAGUGGA